CAUUUCACUUUUCAGAAAGUGGAUGCACAUGUCGCACAAAUUCCCUUCAGGAAAGAUAUUUCGUGUUCUUUCUUUCGUGAUUUCAAUUUUCCAUUAAACAGUAAGUGAUUCAGAAGCAAGCUAGAGAUACAAGCGCAUCACUGAUUUUAUUUAGAUUCUGAUUAUUGCUUAAAUACAUGGCUCUUUAUAUUAGCCGAAGUUUAUAUUGUGAUAUUUCCAUAAAAACAGUUAUGUCCAGCCCUGGAACGGGAAGAUAAAGGAGAGAGGAAAUAAAGCAAGGAAAGGCAUCUAGCAAGCAAUUGUUCUUCCUUGGCGUUCAACCCAAAUGACCAAAACUCUAGCUUCGGUUUCUGAAUGGAUUUGUUAUCAUCAUUCUGCCAAUAACUGGAACUUGAGGAAAAAAUAUUAGUACGUCGUAUUAGAAAACUUACAAACAGCUCUAAAAUGUACAGGGAAAAAUUAUAUGCGAUUAUGUUUAUGAUCUUUUUCCAUACAUUCACAAAUGGAAAUUAUAUCAUCCAAUGGUGACUUUCAGACAUUUUACAGGUUCUAUAUUUUUCUCAUUAAAGAACGGACAAACAAUUAUGCAACAGUGACACUACGUAAGGCUGUGGAGAGUCGUGCCUUAGUGCCAACAACACCAAAUCCAGACAAACACUAAAUAUGAAUUAUAGCUUUUAGGAUACACCCACAACGGGAAAAAAAUGUGUCGAUAAACCAAUGAACACAUCUUAAGUGCAACAGUGAGACCAACAAAGUCAAAAAACAAUCAACAAAGGAUCCAGCCAUAGUAUAAAUCAGGCACCAUUUUACCAUUACACGCAUCUCGGGCCCAUCGACCUCUCCCACAAACAACCCGAAGAUGUCGGCGUGUUCAUCGCCCUCUCUGCUCGAGUGGGUCUUUGCGCUGAAGGUGGAGAGGAUGAGGAGCGCUGGCUUGGUCGUGGGCCUGGCGUACCUGAGUUUCCUUCUCCUGAUGGGCUUCUCGAACGGCGUCGGGGCGUCUAGGUGCCAGCAACACGCCGACUGCUCCCCCGAAGAAUACUGCGACAUCCAGUACUCAGCAACGUGUCUCUGUCGGGGAGGCCACGUUCGAGCCCCCGACGGACGCUGCGUGGCGGGCCGUCGGGAGGGUGAGACCUGCGAGUAUGACAUCCAGUGCGCCCUGCUCGACCUCAGCCUCGUCUGCCACGGAGGGAGGUGCGACUGCCCCAACGGCCUGAAGCGUCCGGACGGCGUCUGCAUCUCGGUGGUGGAGAUCGCCCAGGCCCCCGACCCGCAGCCGCCUCCUCCCGCCGCCCACCACGAAGGCGCAGGGGCGGACUUCGAGCCCAUACCCUCCUCGACCGUCACGCCUCGUUCUCCGACGGCGGCGCGGGGCGGCUUCGCGGGGCCCAUCGCCAUCUGCGUCCUGAUCGUCGUGUCCUUCAGCAUCCUCAUCAUCACCACGGCCUACAACUUCCGCGUGAGGAAUCGCCGUCUGGACGAAGUGCGGAGCAUCCUCAAUUCGCGCUCCACGACCUCCAUCGCCGCCAGGGACGGCCGGCGAGCUUCCAUAGGGAGUCUGAGGGACGCGCCCCCCUCCUACCACACCCUGCAGCCCCCGUCCUACGAGCAGGCCACUCUAGACGCCGGGAGCCUCUCCUCGACGUCCCCGCAGCAGCCGCGGGCUCACAGCACGCUGCGACGACCCAGCUACAGGACGAGCGUGGAGAGCGCCGCGAUCUCGAUCCCCGAGCUGGAUCCCAGGACGAGGGUCUCCUUCGACGCCGUCGCCGCAGCCUCCGCCUCUGCGCCUACGGGAUCCUCCUUCGCCGAAUUCAGCAAUCUUCCCUACAUUGACGACGCUGCGUCUCCAAGGCGGUAUUGAAGGUGCUCAUCGGCUCCUUUCCUGCGGGCUCCGGUGCUCUGUCGCCGCUUCUCGUCGAGGAAAAUGAGAGAAACUUGAAAGUGACUUGACCCUUUCGUUAUGGAAAGGAAAACAAAAUCCAUGCAAGUCACCCAUGCAAUCUGAAUUUGAAAAAAAAUAAGUCAUAGAUGUGGAUAAACACAGAAUUAACCAAGGAAGAGAUAUCCAAUAUUCUGAGAGUUAAGUGGAUGAAAGGAAAUAUUAGUGACUUGCAUGCUGCCCUUAAACCAAGUGGGAGCUUUGCACUCGUUAACGAGUUCGGGGACCACAUAUGCUAGUCAGCACUGCGCAGUGCCUUAUGUUAAUGUUAAAAGUAUUGAAUUGCCUUAACUUGAAUCUGAGUGUUUUUAUAAUGGAGGACAAGAUCAAGAUUUGCUUUAGUCUUUUCAGUCGGUAUUAUUAAAGCACUCUGCUCACCACAUGUAAGAUAAAGAUACAUUUUUUAAAAAUCAAAGAUCAGUAUUAAAAAUAGACUAGAAUGGUAUAUUAAAGAUCAUACAUUCUAUUGUUACUAGCAAAAUUUCCGAGUGGAAGGAAAAAGAUGUUACCUCAGUUUCAUGUGUAAUAAUACGACUGUUUGUGCUAAAAUAGAUGUUGAUGUUGACUAAGUACAAUGAAAUAAUGUAAGUAUUAGUGAAUUAGGUGGUUGGCUUCUUUGAAUUUCACAGCUGAUGUGACUACUUGUCGACUUUUGUAUUUUCUAACAGUUUGCUGAUGUUUGCUUUCUUCAUUUAUUUAUUUAUUUAUUUUGUGUGUAAGUAAAUAUUUCUGGUUCGUGUUUGGAGAGAGGAUGUCGUUAUGAUAAAAGGAAAUUAUAUAGAGACCUUGCAUUUAAGUGUCUUGUAUAUUACCAAGUAUCUACAAACUUAUUCAUUACUAGAAUGAGUCAACAGUAUUGUCACCGUAUCCAUGUUAAGUCACCUUUUCUUCGUAAAUAUACGAAAAACGCAUGAUUGUUCCCAUUCGUGAAAAAAAGUAUUCGGUACAGUGGUAAAGUCAACAUGCAAUGAACGAUAACGCAGAAAUGAACCCCAUGACAUUUUUGUUCGGUCAGUAAUGUCAGAGUUUGAGAAAUCAGUGACUGAUAAUCGGAUAAAAAAUGCCUAUAAAUAAUUGUGUUGUGAUUUUUGACACUUUUGAUAAAUGAUUGUAUGUAAAAUUAAUAACAAAA